ACCCAACACAGCCAAAAAUAAAUAAAUUAAUUAAAAAAAACAAAAACAUAGGCUUAAGAAUAUCUGUUCCAUAAACAAGGGCUCCUAGAAUAGAGAUUCUAUUUUAAGGUAACCCUGGAGCAACAAAUCCCAUAAUCCUAAGAAUUUUGUGGUAACUUAAUAAGUUUUAAAAACUUUUAUUUAAAAUUAUGCUUUAGCAUGUUAUACAGGCCUUGAAUUAUACAUAAAGCUACAGAAUUGUGGUCUACUUCAAUAAUUAAAACAAAUCAGGUCUUCAAUGUGUAGAGCCUUUGCUUUAUUUGAUUUGUUCUACCCCAUCCCCUCCCCCUACUUUCCAUCCACAUGUCAUACAGGUUAGUGUACUUUUCUAUAUAAAGGAAAAGAUAAUUCUUGAGCAUAUUUUAAUGUGGGAAUUAUGCCAACAGGAAUUUCUUUAUAUAUACACACAUACAUAUAUAGUAAUUACUAAUAUGCUUAAAGAAGUCUAAUUAUUGAUAGAUUUAAUCAUGGCAGCUAAUAGAACAAGUAUAUAUGACAAAUGAAAUGCCUCCGUUUUUGGAAAACAUUAUAAACACUUUUUAAAUAGAGAAUUUCUAGAUUUGUUUUUCUGGCUCAUAGCAACUGCUUGCUGUUAGAGAUGCAAAUCAGAUACUGAUUAUUGGAAAAUUUUUAAAAACAAAGGCUGACUCUUCAAUUUCUACUCUAGAAGUUUUUGGUUAUAAAGAUAGAAUUUUAUUAAUUGCAAAGUUUUCCAAUCAAAUUUAGGCCAGUGAUGAGAGAAAUUAUUAGUGAUGGAAGCUUUAGUUUAUCUCUUUCUGAAAUUCUGUUCAAUAGUGACAGCUUCUGACUUCAGAAGCAUUUUAACUUCUGAGAACCAUUUUUUCUUCCUCACUCUACCUUCCAAAGUAGAAUCCUUGGUUUACUUUUUGUAUAAUAAAAAUAUCUGUAUACUGCUUCUCAUUGGAUCUGAGAACUACUUUUAACAGUUUUUGUUGGUUUAUACUUUUUCCAUUAAGGAUCCAAAUUUUCAAGAAGCAAUCUUUAGUCCAGAGCUUAAGUUGACAGAAAGGUCAGAAAGUCUUCUCAGCUGUGGGCUAUGAACAGGAGACCUUCCCUGAGGAAAUCAUGUUUUGCCUUUCACAGUAAACUCAAAGGAUGGUGGUUGUUUCCCUGACAAAUUCAAGUUCCAGAAGGCUGACUCUGAUCUGGAUUACAUUCAGUACAGGCUGGAAUAUGAAAUCAAGACUAAUUAUCCUGAUUCAGCAGAAAAAUCCUGUUACGCUCUUAAAGGAAUUGUCAGCAAUAAAGUCUCGAUAUCAAACUUUGCAUGCACGCUUUAAACCAAUUGCUGUCGAGCAUAAAGAGACUAAGAGCCACAUUUGUGCUACUUUCAAUAAGACUAUGACCUUGAUACAAGAACUACAAAAGCAAACAGACCUGAAGCUGUUACCACUGACUGAAGAAGAGAAAACUGCGGCAGAGCAAUUAAGAGCUCACAUGUCAGACUUAUGAUGAAGAAAUGGACUUGCAAAAGGGAACUCUAAUGGGGAAGAGAUCAAUUCCAGAGAGAUUUAGGAAGCUGUCUUGUUAGCAUUUGAUGACUGUUGGUGGGGGGAUGACAAAGGAGAUUUGGCUUGGGUUACUGGAUAGUGAUGCCUUCCAUGAGAGAGGGGAAUACAAGAAGGUCAGAUAUUGUACUCAUAAUGUUCAGCCAAAGGGAUGGAAUGGAAAUAAAGAGAUUUAAAAAUAUAUAUGCGUGUACACUUAGUCUUGUAAUUUCAGGCAAGUCUCAACACCAUUUUGUAUCUGUUUUUGUAUAAUCAGGAUAACACAGAUGUCCUGGCCUAUUGUAAAAGAAAAUUAUGUACCACAAGUCAGUCAAAUGUGACUGAACAUGCUUUGGAAAUUAAAGGAUAGAAAAAAAAUUUGUAUUAUGUUAUAUAUAUGUAUAUAAUUUUAUUAUUGAAAAUUCUGAUUGCAGAUGUGGUCACAUUAUUGGUGAGACUGCUAAUGUGUGACUUAACAGCCUCCCAUAAAACCUAACUUAGUAAUAAGCUGGCUUUUCUGUGACAGCCUCACUUUUAUUUUUGUCCUAUUCCUUCUUCCUGCUAACGUUGAGCAGCAUGAGCUCUGCUUUCAAACGCUGUUUUAGAUUGUCCCUGUUAUACUUCAAUACUACCUUUGUUCUCCUCUGGUCUAUAUUACUGUAAUUGUUCAUUCUACUGUAUAUGAAAGCUAAGAAACUGAAAUGAGAGGAUCACUGGCAACCGCUACUUGCCAGUUUGUCUUGUGUGUGCGCGCGCGCGUCAACUUCCCUAUUUAUUAAAAAAAAGAAAAAACUAAUGGCAAGUAAAUAUGAAAGUAAAUCAUGGUAUAUCUAUACAACAGAAGGUUGCCAGUAAAUUAUUACUGUUAAUGUUCUGGGAAAUGUUAAAGCUAUGCUAAAUAGGUAAGAGGAGAAGCAGAUAUUGUAGCUUUGUCGUCAAGAUUGAGCUUUGGACUCAUACCGGAUAUGUAAACACAGGUUUUAAAUUCUAGCUGUACGACCUUGAGCAAACCACUUGACUUGUGUGUGUCAGGAUGGCUGGAAGCACAAUAAGAUGGUAAAGUAUUAGGGUAUGAUAUUUAGUAGUCCUUCAAUAAAUAUUUCUAUAUAUGUCAUAAAAACAAGGCAUUGAAAGAUUAGGAAAAGUAUAUCAAAUGUUAGUUUUACAGGUUAUAGAAUUAUACUUUAAUGUAAUUUUAAAAGAAUUUGUUAUGUUAUUAACAAACUUACAAUAGCUGACAGACAGGGUUGGAAGAGUAGCUUCAGUUAAAAUUGUCUUGUCUCUUCUGAAUAUCUGGAGAACAGAAAGUAACCCCCCCCUUUUAAAUUACAGAUAAAUAAGUCACACCUUAGUAACAGAUAAUAUUUUUCUUCAGUACUCAGGCAAUUAAUAUUGAGGAAGUUCCUGUCAUGGUAUGGCUCUGGGAUGUGAUGGUGAUGGUGAUAUUGAAAAAUGGUGGUUAUCAUGAAGAGGUCUUAACAAGUUACUGGUGUUAAAGGGUUUUGCUUUCAAUCAGAAAAAAAAACUAGAUUGCACUGUUUUUCCUCUAUGACUUACUUCACAAGUUACCUUCUAAAUGUUGGUUCUUCCCCUCAUCCCUCUUAAAAUUGCUCUUGUUUAUAUAUUCAUUUAUUUCCCAAGGUUCAUUUAUUGCCCUUUUGGGGAAUGAUUCCCAAGUAUAACUUAUUUCACUAGACCUAGAUCCAAAUUUCCAAUAAAAACCUCUACCUGAAUAUUCAAAUUGAACAUGUCCAGAAUACUUAACAGAUUUUCUUAUUUUGUUAACAGCAACUAUUCUGUUAGCUGGAAUUAAAGUUUGCAUCCCUUUAUCUUCUUAGUUAAUAAAAUCUAUAAUUCUAUAAUCUAUAAUUCUUUGAAAUCUAUAAUUCUUUGAAAUGUUUGUUGUAUCCAACCUUCACUUUACCUUCACUCUUACUACCUAAUUUAGACCUUUUUUAUUUCUCAUCUGGAUAAUUGUUUUCUCCUAUGUGACUACUAGUGUUUUUGUCUUAAGUUGUGAUACAAAUUAAUUUUAAUUAGGUUGUAUUUUAAACACAACUUUAAUUUUAAGAAAUUAAAAAAAUAUAAGUAUGCUUAUUCUCCCAAAUAACUGCAACUUUUUCAGAUGUUUCUACACGUAUACAAAUUAAAAAACAUUUUAAACAAAAAUAGGCUGAUACCAUAUACUGUACUGCAGCUGCACCCUUUUUUUAUCUUAAAAAUAUUUUUGGUAUCUUCAUAUCAUUUUGAACAGCUGUAUAUAUAAAUUUACCAUAAUUUUUACCAGUUCCUCUUUUAUAGGCGUUUAAGCUGUAUAAUACACAAGUUAGGAGAUUUGGAGGGUGGGUAAAGGAAGACGGCAAGGUCAGCCUUUCCUUAAGGAAUUCUCAAAGAGCACAUGACAGUUUUCUCAACGACACACAGCGGUUUAGCAUCCUGCCAACUAAAUUCCUUUUUUGCUUAAGUUAGCCAGAAUCUGACUUAGUGCUUGCAAGCAAUGACCCCUAAUUAGUUGUACGGGUUUUCUAAUUUUCCACUGUUAUGAACUACUGCAAUAAAUCUUUAAACAUUUUGGGGCUCUUGGGCAAAUAUAUCUAUUAGUACAAGAACCUAUUUUAAUAUUUAUCAUACAUUGUAAUUUUACCUAUUUGCUUUCUGCUAUGCUGGGUUGCAAAGACCACUUCUCAUUACCCUUUGAGUCCCAAGUAGUAUAGUACCGUGUUUCACAAGUAACUUUUUAAAUUGGGGUAAAAUUCACAUACCAUAAAAUUAACCAUUUGCCAUUAUUAAAAUGUACAACUGAGGGCAUUUUAGUAUAAAAGAUGUGCAACUGUCACAUCUAUGUAGUUCCAAGACCAUAAAUAAUUUUUGCUGAAAGAAUUUUUUCAGGCACAAUUAUUCCUAAAUUAUAUCUUUGUACAUGGCUCAUGUAGUUAAAAAAAAUUGUUAUGCCCACUACUUAUAAGAAAGUCCAAAUGCUGUGAUAUUUAAGAAAUUCUUCCUAGAUAAUUGUUGAUUCUCUUCAGGUGCAUUCACUUUCGGUUAAGUGUAACAGUUGUUUGCAAUAA